AUGUCAACUAAAGGAGAAAAGCCUCUUGCUGAAGAUAUCGAUGAAGAAACUGCCCGUCAGGAUUACAUCGACAACGUCUUGAUUGAUAUAUAUAAAACGGACGAGGAGAAACUCGAAACAUUCGGCCAAUGUCCAGAUUGUAACGAUUAUGGACAAGACUGGUGCAAAUCUUGCAACGACGUUCGUUUUCGUCAAGCGUUUUCCGCUUGGACGUCUGGGAACAAAGAGAUUGAUUACUUUAUUCAAAAUUCUCAAAUAUAUGCAAUGACUUCUGUUACAGUGUUAGAGUGGUGGCCAUACAAAACUUUUUCGAAUAUUGAAAAAAUAGGGAAAGGCGGCUAUGGAACUGUUUUUCGUGCCAACACUGGAAUACAAAGAAUCAAAGGAUGGGAUAAACAAAACAAUAGAUGGCUUCGUUACGAAAAAAGUGAUAGUCCAGAACUGCCUUUAUAUAGGGAAUUUGUUGCACUAAAAACGCUUGGAUAUCCUCAACAUCUGCCAAAGAAUUUCCUUGACGAGGCCAAGAGACUGCAACGCUGGGCUUAUAAAUCACCUGAUUGGUUUUCACCGAUACUUCAAGGGUUUACAAAAAAUGAAAGGACUGGUCAAUAUUACUUUGUUAUAGAAUUUUGUAGUAGAGGUGACAUACGCAAAACUCUAUGUGAAGAGCAUACUUGGAGCGAUAAGUUAAUAAUAAUUGAUCAGAUUGCUCGUGAUAUGUGUACUAUCCACGAAGCAGGACUAAUCCAUAGAGAUCUUCAUCCUGGAAAUGUACUCCGAGCCACUGAUAGUUUGGAUUAUAUUAACAUUCAUGACUUGGGACUUUGCAUUCCACAAUCAGAAGCGAAUGACAUUGAAGAGGUUAUGGGAGUAAUGCCUUAUGUAGCACCAGAACUAUUUGAUGGUGGAAAAUACUCAACGGCAACAGACGUUUACGCAUUUGGCAUGCUAAUGUGGGAAAUUGGCACUGGAAAAAAGCCUUUCCAUAAUAUUCCUCAUAAUGUAUCAUUGGCUUUUCAAAUACAUAAUGGUCUUCGUCCACAAAUUACCAAAGACAUGCCGCAGUUUUAUUGUGAUUUGAUGCGGAAAUGCUGGGAUAGCAAUCUUAAGAAUCGACCGACUGCCGAAGAAAUAUACGACUUGACCACCGAAUGGUGUUGUGAACCCACGGAAGAAAUUGAAGAUCAGAUCGCGAAUGCCGAAGAACUUCGUCAAUCUAGUAUAAAUACGGAAAGUGAAAAUCUAGAAGAAACCCAACAUUCUCAGGCUAUUUACACAAGUCGAUUAAUGCCCGAUUUAACCAGAAAAUUUGCCGAUUUCGAUUUCGAAAUUCCCUAUGGAAUUUAA